AUGGCCCUACAGCUCCGCGAUCGCAUUGCCAAGGACGGCCGCAACCUGGGCCGAGGCAUUUUGAAAGUCGAUGGAUUUAUCAAUCACAUGAUCGAUCCUGUUUUGAUGCGUUCAUGUGCUGGCGAGCUCGCGGACCGGUUCAAGGGCAUGGGCGUGACCAAGAUCCUCACCGUGGAAACCUCUGGCGUCGCCCCUUCACUCAUGACUGGCCUUGAGUUGGGUUGCCCCGUCAUCUACUGCCGUUCUGGCAAGCGCCCCAUUACAAUGGACCACUUCCUCACCACAGAAUCUGUUUCUCACACGAAAGGAGGGUCUGUGUCACUUUUUGUUUCACAAGAGUACCUCAAGGCUGAGGACAACGUACUCCUCAUCGACGACUUCUUGGCUUCCGGUACCACCAUUCGAGCGCUCAUGAACCUCAUCGAGCAAGCUGGCGCCAAGCUGGUGGGCAUCGGCGCCCUUGUGGAAAAGAGCUUUGAGGGCGGUCGCGAACUCCUUUCCAAGCUCACAGAGGUGCCAAUUGUGUCCUUGGCUGUGAUCGACGGCAUGGAGGGUGAUGCCAUCACUUUUGCGCCCCUUCCCGCCACGCAAUAG